AUGGUUGGGAGAAAGAGGCCCUUCAGCGAGAUUUCAACUUCGCCCGGUUCCUUCCCCCUUCCUAAGCGCGGGCCUGCUGUAGAGGCAUCGCAGAAACCUGCAAGCACCAGUCACGCUGACCGGGGAAGCGACGACAUUAUUGAGAGCACGGACUCUGAGACCGAAGAGAGCGACCAGGAGAGUACGGACGAGUCUGAGGAUGAGGUUGAGAGUGUCCCGCGCAAGGUGCCUACCUUCCUGUGCAAGACGUGCAAGAAGGGAUUCUCUCCGAUGCUCUAUCUGCACGAGAUGGGUGGCGAGUGCCCAGGAAAACCAACCACCCCGCCCAACGAGAAGUCGACUAACGAAAAGCCUCAACCACCAAAGGAAAAGCCUCAGCAAAAGCAAAAGCACCAACCAAAGCAAAAGGCGGCGCCAAAAGAGAAGACGGUCUACUGGUGUGCGAUGCCCGACUGUGCCUACACCACAACUUCCGUGGCUUGGUUCAAAAAGCACUGCUUGAAGCGACACAACAAUGACCAAACCCAGCCUGGAUGGGAUAAGCCCGAGAUUUCUGAUACUGAAAGCACUGUCCCCAACCCCAAGGCCACCACUGAAGCAACCCCCGACACCACUACCAUUGCGCCGACUUCUGAGAGAGCCAAUAGUCCGCCUAUCACUGAGUUCACUCCCGAGCCUGUUUCUGGACCGUCGACUCCUCCACUGCCACCAACUCGCAUUCUUUCGCCCACUCUCAGCCUCUCCUCCCUUAGUAGCCUCUCCGACAUCUCUGAGGAGGGAGACUCAGAGAGCGAGUGA